AUGGGAGCAUCUACAUCAACUCCCACUAACCGGGACACGCUCAACUGUCUUUUAAUCGGAAAAACCGGAGUCGGCAAAAGCUCAUCGGGUAACACAAUCGUGGGCUCGAAUGUGUUUAAACACACCAACAACACCACGGCUUGCACUAAACACGUGGAGCUGCACGCCAAAAGAAUCGACAACAUUCUCCUUAACAUCGUCGACACGCCGGGGUUGAUGGAUACCGAUCUAGAUUUGAUUGACAGCGUGAGAUGCACGUGCAAGAACAUGACGGAAGCUAUAAAUAGCUUCUGUUCUGAGUUCCAUGCUUUGCUGCUUGUUGUGAAGUAUGGGGAAAUCUUCACGAGUGAAGACGCGAAAAUUGUUAGCAUUCUUAAAGAUAUUUUUGGAGAGAAUAUCAUUAAAGACUUCUGUAUCGUUAUUAUGACGCACGGGGAUGAGUUCCAAUCUCGUAAUGGUGAUGUGAGUUUUGAUUCUUGGUGUGUAAAUCAAGAAGGGCCUUUAGGAGACUUGUUUAAUGAAUGUCAGCAUCGAGCAGUGCUAUUCAACAAUAAAGGCACCUUAGCCGAUAAAAACAGAAUGGUGAAAACACUAAUACAAAUUCAAGCAAGGAUUACAUUAUCUUACACUCGCAGAGAUUUUGCGAAUAGCGAACCAAAAAGGAAGCUGUUGCUACUAAACCAUUGUUUUACUGAGUUGAAUACAAAACUAAAACACCGUCUGGAUGAUUUGAAACGAGGUUUGAAUCUGCUGCAGUCCCCAGUUGUGGAACUUAACACGACCAUUGACGUUUUAAUGAAUGCAUUACAAAAUGUGACGUGUAGUUCAAAUAUGCUUGACAUCGUGCGAGAUGCAGCACAAGGAUUCCGGUAUACAACGACCAAUGUCACCAUAGACAGCCAGACAUUCCAGCACUUGAAAGAAACACUGGAGAAUCCAGUUAUCGAACAGAUCCGGCGGUUGGGCAAUGACGUCAUGAAGCUGCGGUCACGCGAGGAGUCCCUGUUGGAGCUGAAGGUCAAGGCCGAAUGUCUGUUGACCGCGAUCGUUGAUGAGGCCAGGGGUACGGACAAGCUGAAGUUUCUAGAAGAUCAGACACGUGAUCUAAAGAAACAGGUCGAAACAUUUUACAAUCAGCAGUUUAGGUUUUGA